AUGGCACAUGAACUUCCUAGACCCAUACAUCAGACACCCAAGAAAGCAAUAAAGCUGCGUCCUGUUGUCAACAAAACUGCGGAGGUUUUACCCAAUGGCGAAGAACUAGUCUCUGGUAAGAAACCAAAUAAGAAGAUCAAUAACAAUUCUGAAAAGAGCUCAAGUAAAAAGAGUAUUUCAAAUGCAAAUGCCACCCGAUAUUGUUUGCCUGAUGGAAGUAAGCCCCAGUUCUUUAACGAGGAUAAGAAGGAGAAUCUUAAGAAGAAGAAGUCCGACAACACCAGUGUAUUACCAAAUGGUGAGAAACCAGAUUUCGGUACUAUAAGCAACAGGAUGAAAGGGAAAAGGGAAAGGAAUUUGCCUACUGCUUGCUUACCAAACGGUGAGAAACCCGAUUUUGGAAAUGGUUUAGAAAAGGAUAAACUGUCAUAUAAGACAAGAAACAAUAAGGAUAGAGAUCAACCCGAACGUUUAUUACCAAAUGGUACCAAAGUUGACUUUGGUAACAACUCAACAGAUACUUUUAUUUCUAGUAAGAAACUGUCCUCCAAAGACAAGAAGAAGUCAUCGGCCCUGACAUCGUUAUCAGCUUCAGUUUCUGAAGAGUCAUACGCUGGAGCGUCAUUUCAUUCUUCACCUUCAGCUUUGGCAUUACCUAAACCUUCGUUUAAGACUCUGCCUAAGCAACCUACGGCCAAUUCGAUUAAUGAAUCAUCUCCAGCUGGAGUUUCGACUAUUCUUGCUUCUGGAGGUUCUAUUCCUACCCAAGGUGGAACUGCUCCUCUAAGAUACCCAGCUGCUGCUUAUCCAUUAGGAAGCGGGUUUCCUAUGGUUCCUGUUCAAGCAGGUCGCCAACAACAACCCCAGGUGAUGAUGCUGGUUCAUCCACCACCACCACCCCUUGCACCUUAUAUUCAACAAGGGUUUUCAUAUCAGGUUACACCUCAAGGAUACAUUCAAUACCCUUUUAUGAUGGGACAACCACCUUCUGGUCCAGUCAUGAACCAAUCGCAGAUGCAACUGCAACAUGUUACCCCGGGUCAAAUCCCCCCGGAACAACCAAUUCCCCAACAAGUUUUUACUAGUCACUUUCAACCGGGAGUUUCUCCUCCAACAGGAGGUCGUCCUUUGCAACAGGGACAUAAGAUUAGCUUCAAUGAGUUAAUUGAUUCAUCAAAAAAAUAA